UCAUCCGCAAGACAGUAACAGCAGCCAUGGCAUUCAAGUUCGUCACCCUCUUCGCCCUCGUGGCCGCCGCCAACGCCGGAGUUCUGGCCCCCGCCCCCCUGGCCUACCACGCGGCCCCCGCCUACGCUCACGCCGUCCCAGCUUACGGCUACGCCGGAGCCCCCCUGGCCAAGGCGGUGGUAGCGAAGACCGUCGACGCUGAUUACGACGCUCAUCCUCAGUACAGCUACGCUUACGACGUCCAGGACUCGAUCACCGGAGACAACAAGCAGCAGCACGAGACCCGCGACGGUGACGUCGUCCAGGGAAGCUACUCCCUCAUUGAAUCCGACGGAACCCGACGUACCGUCGACUACACCGCUGAUCCCGUCAACGGAUUCAACGCCGUCGUCCACAAGGAACCCGCCGGCGUUGCCGUCAAGACCGUCGCUGCCCCCGUCGUCGCUAAGUACGCCGCCCCCGUCGCUCACGCCCCCCUCGCCUACGCCGCCCCCGUUGCUCACGCUCCCCUUUCUUACGCUGCCCCCGCUGCCCACGUGACCUACGCCGCCCCCGCCGUGGCUCACGCCGCCCCCCUUUCCUACUCCGCGUACGGCGCCCCCACGGCUCACGUCAGCUACGCCGCCCCCGCCUACGCUUACCAUCAUUAUGCGAAACUUUCUCGUAAGUUGGUUAAGCUAAGACAGCAAAUAGAUUUUGAGAUAACAAGACAUGGUGACUGGUGCAUUGCACAUCGGCAGAGAGUGCAUCGUCAACGUCGGAAAAACGAACUUUUCUACAAUUUCGUGACACCUGCUGGUCAGGCUGUUGCCCAGAAAAACGCCCAGGGAAAGAUAAAUGAAAUAUAUGAAUACACAAAAUGGAAUGAAUGUUUCGUUACAUCGUCACAGCAUUCUGAUGUCGCUUUGAUGGCUAGUGGAUUCCACGCGAAUUUCAACUGCAAUUCGGUGAAUUGGUUAAAAAACUCACAAAAGAAUACCAAAAAUAAUUUUGCACAUACCGACGUUCCACUGUUCGAUAACCGUAAAUGGAAUGAACAUUUGACCAGGUACGAAAUCAGGCGACAUGACGUAUUGGAUAGAAUUAUCUUGACAUCUGAUUAUGUUUACUUUCACCACGUUUUGAGAGUGUACAAUCAGGCGUUGCCGACUCUCGACGGAAUAUUUGUGAAAGAAUUCAAGCUGCAGGGUGAGCACGCGGGUACCCGGUUACGAAGAGGGGAUAGAGAAAGACUGCAACCCAUCGGCGAAUGGGAAAGAGGAUACAUAUCCAGUUUUGGACCUACCGCAACUCCGAACUGUAUCAGUAAUCCGCAAGACGUUACAGCAGCCAUGGCAUUCAAGUUCGUCGCCCUCUUCGCCCUCGUGGCCGCCGCCAACGCCGGAGUUCUGGCCCCCGCCCCCCUGGCCUACCACGCGGCCCCCGCCUACGGCUACGCCGCCCCGAUCGCCAAGGCCGUCGUCACCAAGACCGUCGACGCCGACUACGACCCGAACCCCCAGUACAGCUACUCCUACGACGUCCAGGACUCGAUCACCGGAGACAACAAGCAGCAGCACGAGACCCGCAACGGCGACGUCGUCCAGGGAAGCUACUCCCUUAUUGAAUCCGACGGAACCCGACGUAUCGUCGACUACACCGCUGAUCCCGUCAACGGAUUCAACGCCGUCGUCCACAAGGAACCCGCCGGCGUUGCCGUCAAGACCGUCGCUGCCCCCGUCGUCGCUAAGUACGCCGCCCCCGUCGCUCACGCCCCCCUCGCCUACGCCGCCCCCGUUGCUCACGCUCCCCUCUCUUACGCUGCCCCCGCUGCCCACGUGACCUACGCUGCCCCCGCCGUCGCUCACGCCGCCCCCCUUUCCUACUCCGCGUACGGCGCCCCCACGGCUCACGUCAGCUACGCCGCCCCCGCCUACGCUUACCAUCAUUAAGCCGAACAUUUUUGUAACUCGUAUAAUAUUUAAAAUGUAUAGUUCUUAAUAAAAACGAGAUAAAUCUUACAUA